AUGGUGGACGAACGUGAAGUACUUCGAGUACUUUUUUGCGAAAGAUCUGGCGCACUGCAAGACAGAUUUGGGGCAAAUGGCCCAUCGAGAUAUACUCGUUUUUCAAGAACUUUCAGUUCACAAACUGACCGACCCGAUCAGUUCGGUAUAUCCGAGGAUGAUUACCCAAUAAACAAUGUUUCGCAACACUUCGUCGAAAAUAAAAACAGCGGAGAUCUCAAAAUAAACUUUGACGAAAGUACGCCUGAAACAUUUGAAGGGAGCGAGGAUACGUCCGAUCCUUGCGCGGGACUUGACCUCAACGACACGACAAGUCAAAAUGUCGACAUGUCAAAAAAUACAGAUCAUGAGUUUGGGGAAGAAAACGUGGAAGACGAACGUUUUCCUCUGCCUUUUUUAUUUAACAAUCAAUUUGUUUGCAUUGAAAAUUAUAUAGCAAAGAUUCACACCUACCUUAAAGCAUUUUUCAGUCAUCGGCAAGUCGAAGCGGAGGCAAAAGAACACGGUUUAGACAAAACUUUAUUCGCGGAAACGUUCAGAAGUUUUAAAAGAAAUAUUUUCAAAGAAGCGAAGGUCGAUACAGAUCUUUAUAACAUACUUUAUGAACUACAAAACGAGAUAGGCCACGUGGAUGACCUGCUUCCCUUCUUUCUCAGUUAUGCUAAACGACUGUACCCAGUGUUAGAUUGCCUCGAAGAUUUAAAGGAAAUUAGUGACUUCACUGGACCGGCGGAUUUAUUUCCUGAAGCUCGUGCGAUGAAACGAAAAUUUAUCUUUCACGCGGGCCCUACGAACAGCGGUAAGACGCACAAGGCCUUAGAGAGAUUCCAGAGUUCGAAAUCCGGAAUUUAUUGCGGACCUUUGCGGCUGCUGGCGUCUGAAGUGUACCAGAAAACGAACGAUAACGGUAUCCUUUGCGAUUUGAUAACCGGAGAGGAAAGACGUUGGGCCGUUUCAGAAAACGAGCCUUCAAAUCAUUUGGCUUGUACUGUGGAAGUGUGCUCCGCGACGCGGGAAUACGACUGCGCUGUUAUUGACGAGAUACAAAUGAUUGGCGAAUCCGAGAGAGGUUUUGCUUGGACUAAGGCGUUACUUGGUUUGCUAUCCCCUGAAAUCCACUUGUGCGGUGAACCGACUGCAAUAGAUCUUAUCAAAAGGCUGGUCGAAUCUUGCGGAGACGAAUUCGAGGUUGUAUACCACGAACGCCUGACACCGCUGGAGAUUGAAAGUGCAAGCUUAGAUAGUGAUUUUUCGAAGAUUGAACGAGGCGACUGCAUUAUCGCUUUCUCUCAAAGAGAGUUGUACAGAAUAAGGAAGAUCGUGGAAUCGUCUUCAAAAUGGAAAUGUGCGAUUGUCUAUGGUGGGUUGCCGCCAGCAACGAAAGUCGACCAGGCAAGAAGGUUCAAUGAUCCCAACGACAACUGCAAAGUUCUUAUUGCGUCCGAUGCUGUUGGAAUGGGAUUAAAUCUAAACAUCCGAAGAAUAGUGUUCAGCUCGAUGGAAAAGUUCGAUGGUAAACGAAUGUCUUCGUUGUCUUCCUCACAAGUUAAACAAAUCGCUGGUCGCGCUGGACGAUACGGCACGGAAUAUCAUUCGGGUUUAGUCACGACAUACUAUUUUACUCACAGUCUCCAUGAAGAAGACCUGACCACGUUACGUGAUUUGAUGAGUCAAGGAAGUACGAGUAUAAAGGAAGCAGGCAUCGCGCCUACAUCAGAGCAGGUGGAAAUGUUUUCGUAUCAACUACCCAAAGCUUCGCUGAAAAAGAUACUUGAGACAUUCUGCGGUCUGUCGCAAGUGAGCGGUAACUACUUCAUCUGCAGUUUGGACAAAAAGAUGGUAACGGCGGAGUUGAUUGAGAACAUUCCACUGGCAAUCCGCGAUCGAUACACAUUAUGUAUGUCGCCGGCUGACUGCCGACUGCCUUUCACCAGAGUCAUGUUAGUUAGGUUUGCCCGAGCCAUCAGUUCAGGCAAGCUCAUAUCAGCGGAGGGGUUGCGGAGAGUCAUUGGUUGGCCUCCUUCCAGACCAACGUCACUUAGAUCCAUGCAAGAACUAGAAGUGCUACACGAAUCGUUUGAUCUCUACCUGUGGCUGAGUUAUCGCUAUCCUGAGAUUUUCAUUGAUCGUGAGAAAAUACGUGCAAUGCAAAGUCAACUCCAGACAGUCAUCAAUAACUCGCUCUCAUCCAGCAUAGCGUUGACAGGUAUCUUACCUCAAGUACAGUCAACCGCUGCGGUGGUGGUGGGGGACCGCAGGGAUGAUAGGGGACAGGACAUGCGAGAGCAGAGCAGAAGUAAACGCUCGAAUAGUCAGCAAAGAACAACGGAAUACGACCAAAGUCAUGACAGGCAUUGGUGGGAAAAAGGCAGAAAACAAAUCAAUACAAAGCAAUCGUCCCUGACAACAAAACUACUGAAGGAUAAAGUUUUAACUCGACGUCAGUUGGACAGGCUGCAAGAGGAAUGGAGGCAGAACUUUACGAAACAUAGAAAAUCGCACAAUAAAUGA